AUGAAAAGCUCCGCUGGAUUGACCAUUUUGCUGCUCUUUUUUCACGCUCAUUUGAACCAGGCGAACGAGAGCUCGGGAGAGCUGCACUUUGGUAAUGAAACCGAAUUUUCGAACAGCAGAGUCUUGUCGAGACGGAAAAGGUACUUGAUUUUUCCUGAGGGAAGCAACGUCCAGUGCGUUUAUUGUCUCACGAUCGGUGCAUACGCGAAACCAGGGGAAUUAGUGGUCGGCCUGACUGCAGCACUGGCCUGGGAGCUGCCGAGCAAGUUUGAGAAAAAGUUAUCAAAUUUGUUGCACCGUCGGAGUCGGAGUGUGAUUUAUCCGAAAAUCGAAGCGUUCCUGCAGUCGGCGGGUCUUGAUGGGAGAUCCUGCGUAAUGAGAGCGCUCUGCGAAGCAGGCCAAAGGGAUUCGACCGCAAUUGCAAGUGGCACAUUCGUCCAAGAGCUGCUGCACGCUAUUUUCAGCCUCCGAAACGACGGAACAAAGUUCGAGGUCGCUGGUCACGAGGAGUACGAUCGUGCCCACCAGCAGCACCAAGACUGCUCUCGUCUCUAUCCGACUUGCCAGCACUCGAUUUACGACUUAGACUUUUGACGGGAGCACGGAAACACAAAAAUAAAAAAAAAAAAAAAAAAAAAACACUGAGCAAGAGUUACAAAAAACGAGGAAAUGAACCCAACGAGAUAUUUCCACUUGCUUGGAACCUGAUCGAGGCAAAUGUACUGCCAGAUCUGAAGCUACGACUGUGCACAAAAAAGGAGAAGACCAGGAGAGAUAGAGAGAGAUAAAAAUAAGAAAAAAACAAGCCUGCAGUGAACCUUCCAAACGCUAUCAAAGGCCUCUGAUCGAAAAAUCGCUGCAAAACCUGCACUUUUACUGACCUGCCCUACUUUUUUUUUCUGGCAUUUUGCC